AUGGGUUCGAAUGAGAUUGAGUUCAGAGAAAAUUAUCUGAUACUGAAGGCGAAAGAUGCAAAAGUGAGAGAUGUGUUUUUGUUCUUACUUCCUUCAGGUUCCAGGAAGAUCAAAAACGUGAUAUAUUGUCCCGACGAUCAAAUUGGGUUUUACACAAAUUUCAAAGCUCGAUGGACAAUUUCUGUCUCCAUUUUGGCGCAGAAAUUCCUUCUCACCCUCGCCACUCUGCUCACUUUGUUAGCCGCAUUUUGGUCAAUUAUUCAACGCUUUUUCUACAAGUAUAUACUGCUGGCUGAAUUUUGGGUUGCGCCGCAGACUAUUAAUUUCAUGGAUUUGAAGCCCAAAGUGAGAUGUAGAGACUGGAAAAUUUUGGAUCCCAACGACAACGCGGACAUGAAUUUAGAGGAGCGUGAUUUCAGAUAUUAUAGUAACUUAACCAUUAUGGCUUCCAAAUUAGCUUAUCAAGAUUAUUCUCAAUACCCCUCCGUCGUCGAGUCCGUAGUCAACGACUGCUGGCAGAUGAAUUUAAUUGAUUGCUUCAAUUUCUGGAAUGACUUCCAAGACAAAGCUACAACUCAUGCAUUUAUGUUCGAAAACACAUCCAAAGAUCCAAAAGUAACAGUGGUGGCAUUUAGAGGGACCUCCGUACUUGAGCCUAGCGAUUGGACGGUCGAUUUCAACUUCUCUUGGUCCAAACUAGAAGGCGUUGGCAACAUCCACGCUGGCUUCAUGCAAGCCCUUGGCUUCCAAGACCUUGCUGGGUGGCCCAAAGACCUCCUCCAACCCAAACACCAAUACGCAUAUUACACCCUUCGCCAAAAGCUUAAAGACAUUGCUAAAGCCAAUGACAAUGCAGAAUUCAUAAUCACUGGCCACAGUUUGGGCGGCGCCCUUGCCACCCUUUUUGUCACUUUGCUAGCCCAUCACAAUGAAACAACCAUUCUUCACAAGAUUCGAGCUGUUUAUACUUAUGGCCAACCAAGAGUUGGGAAUCAAGAGUUUGCACAGUUUAUGGUAGACACUGUCGAAAGAUAUGGUUUUAAAUACUACAGAUAUGUUUACUCUUUUGACUUGGUUCCUAGAGUGCCUUUUGACUCUGUUGUUUUCAAAUACAAACACUUUGGUGGAUGCGUAUACUUUGACUGCUUCUACCAUGGCAAGUUUUUAAAGGAGCAGCCAAACACAAACUACUUCUCUCCAAUUUGGUUGAUACCCAAGUACUUAAGUGCAUGUUGGGAGUUUAUAAGAAGUUUAAUAAUAACUCCAAUUGUGAAAGGUAGGGAUUACUUCGAGGGUUUUUUUACAAUACUGGAAAGGACACUUGGAUUACUUAUUCCAGGAAUAUCAGCCCAUGUAUGUUCAAAUUAUGUUAACGUGACUCGUUUGGGGAAUAUUCAGUUGCCAUCUGACUACGAGGAGACCUUACAGCUUGCUCACUAUAUCGAUGCCAACUACUAG